CAACGAUCAUGGACUGGCUGAGCCAGAGGGGUAGAAUGCUUAGGCAGCGUCGAAUGACCCCUCCCAUCUAUGCUCCGUACUCUCACUCGCAGUCUCAGCCCACUUCUCAUCCCGCAUAAGCAGACCCCGCUUGUAUCGAACAAGUCAUUCUUCAGUACGAGUCUAUCGAGAAACAUGGCCGCUGCGCAGAAGUCAAGAUCGGUGGUGAAGAAGGUGUACGCGGUGGAGACGCCUGAGGGCGAAGGCGCGCUCGUCCGUCGCAGCAUCGGCUCGAUGAGCCUCCGCAACCUCUCCCCCUUCCUCAUGCUUGACCACUUCCACAUCUCCAAAGGAGGGUUCCCCGACCACCCCCAUCGCGGGCAGGCCACGGUCACCUACAUGCUCCAGGGGACUAGCAAUCACGAAGACUCGGCAGGACAUGCAGGAACGUUGAGGCAAGGAGGUGUCCAGUGGAUGACCGCCGGUCGUGGAAUCAUGCACGCGGAGAUGCCAGUGCUCAAGAAGGGCGAGCCCGAACCCGACGGCCUCCAACUCUGGAUCGACCUGCCCAAGCAGUACAAGAUGAUGGAACCCAACUAUCAAGAGCUAGACCCCGAAUCGAUCCCCACAGCGUACCCCGAAGGCAAGGACGGGCCAACGCAGAUCAAGGUCAUCAGCGGGAAGAGCUACGGCGUCGAAUCACCUGUGAAGCCCUACGGCGGCUGCUGGUACUUCCAUGUUAUCAUGAACAAGAAGGGCUCGUCGAUCUUCCAGGACAUCCCUGCCGGCUGGACGGCGUUCAUCUAUCUGUUCAAGGGCGCUGUGACCGUCGGCGACGAUACAACACCCAGCGAGAAGUACCACACUCUCGUGCUCGACAGCGGGAAGGACGGCGAGACCGGCGUCUCCAUCACGAGCGCCGAGGAUGGCACGGAGUUCGUCAUUGUCGCCGGCGAACCCCUCGACCAGCCCGUCGUCCAGUACGGCCCGUUCGUCAUGACCUCGCGUGAGGAGAUUCAGAAGACGUUCCUUGACUACCAAAUGGGCAUCAACGGCUUCGAGGGCGCAAGGGAGUGGAAGUCGAAGAUUGGUGGACGUUGAGCUUGGUAUUGUCUGGUGUGGAGGUCGGUAUUCGCAAGAUAUUAUACUACGACAAGUGUAUCUUUGGCCAUGGGUUCGUGUGUACCAGCACGGGCCCUUCUAAUCUAUGGAGCGUUC